UCUUACAGGCUCCCUGAAAUCAUGUCAAUAGGAUCACAUUCAUUCUCUCCAGGAGGUCCUAAUGGGAUUAUUAGAAGCCAGUCCUUUGCUGGCUUCAGCGGGCUUCAGGAGAGACGCUCCAGGUGUAACUCCUUUAUUGAAAAUUCCUCUGCCCUCAAGAAGCCCCAAGCAAAGGUGAAGAAAACGCAUAAUUUGGGCCAUAAGAACAGCACCACGCCCAAAGAGCCCCAGCCUAAAAGGAUGGAAGAGGUUUACCGAGCCCUGAAGAGUGGCCUGGACGAGUAUCUGGAAGUUCACCAGACAGAGCUGGAUAAGUUGACUGCUCAGUUAAAAGACAUGAAAAGAAACUCACGCCUGGGAGUCCUGUAUGAUUUAGAUAAGCAAAUCAAAGCGGUUGAAAGAUACAUGAGAAGGCUGGAGUUCCACAUUAGCAAGGUGGAUGAGCUUUAUGAAGCCUAUUGUAUCCAAAGACGUCUCUGUGAUGGUGCCAGCAAAAUGAAGCAAGCCUUUGCAACAUCUCCUGCCAGCAAAGCAGCUCGAGAGAGUUUAACCGAAAUCAACAGGAGUUACAAGGAGUACACAGAGAACAUGUGUACCAUAGAAGCAGAGCUGGAAAACCUAUUGGGGGAGUUUUGCAUCAAGAUGAAAGGUCUGGCUGGCUUCGCUCGGCUCUGCCCAGGAGAUCAAUAUGAGAUUUUCAUGCGUUAUGGUCGCCAGCGAUGGAAACUGAAAGGCAAAAUAGAAAUGAAUGGCAAGCAAAGCUGGGACGGAGAAGAAAUGGUUUUCCUCCCUCUCAUUGUUGGACUGAUCUCCAUUAAGGUCACAGAAGUUAAAGGACUUGCUACUCACAUCCUUGUGGGAAGUGUUACCUGUGAGACAAAAGACCUGUUUGCAGCUCGGCCCCAGGUGGUUGCAGUAGACAUUAACGACCUUGGCACAAUAAAGCUGAACCUUGAAAUCACCUGGUAUCCCUUUGAUGUUGAAGACUUGACCCCAUCCACUGGAAAUGUGAGCAAGGCAUCUGCUCUCCAGAGGAGAAUGUCCAUGUACAGCCAAGGCACUCCAGAAACGCCAACCUUCAAGGACCACUCAUUCUUUAAAUGGCUGCAUCCCCUGCAAGACAGGCCAAAGUUGACAAUCUUAGAUGCUCUACAAGACACUUUCUUUGACAAGCUUCGUCGCAGUCGCUCUUUUAGUGACCUGCCAUCGCACAGGCUAAGCCCAAAAGCAGGGCUAGAGCUAUAUUCAAAUUUGCCAGAUGACGUCUUUGAAAAUGGAACAGCAACUACCGAGAAGCGACCUCUUUCUUUCACUUUUGGCGACCUGCCUUACGAAGACCGCACGCCCCCUGCCAACGCAGCAAAGCCCUCUUCUGCUCAUGUCAGCUCCAGCCCUGAGAUCACCGCGACCCCCACCCAGCACCGAGCUCUCAAGUCCUCCAAGAGCUCAAGCCUGGACUGUAGCAGCAGUGACUCCCGCAGAGACUCUGUCGCUGAGCCGAAGGACCUGCCAUCCCAGGGAGAGGGAGCAGCGGUUGAGAACAAGGCCACCCCAAGGGCAGCUCCUGAAGUUUGCCAAAGAAACUCCGAUGCUGGGAGCGAUCGUGUCUUUAUAGAAACAAGCGUCCCGGUGUCUCUCCUGCAGGACACAGAUGAAGGUUCAGAGCUCAAGCCUGUGGAGCUGGAUACCUAUGAGGGCAACAUCACGAAGCAGCUGGUAAAAAGGCUAACGUCAGCAGAGGCACCCAUGACCCCAGAGAGGCUGCAGUGUGAGGGAUCGAUCAGUGGGGAAUCAGAAGGAUAUAAGUCUUAUCUCGAUGGAAGCAUUGAAGAAGCCUUGCAAGGGCUUCUCUUAGCUCUUGAGCCACAUAAAGAGCAGUAUAAAGAGUUUCAGGACCUGGACCAAGAAGUGAUGCAUCUGGAUGACAUCCUAAAAUGCAAGCCAGCAGUAAGCCGAAGCAGGUCCUCCAGUUUAAGUCUAACAGUUGAAAGUGCUUUAGAAAGCUUUGAUUUCCUGAACACCUCUGACUUUGAUGAUGAGGAUGGUGGUGGUGUGGAGGUUUGUAAUGGUGGAGGAGGUGCAGACUCAGUAUUUUCAGACACUGAGAUUGAGAAGAAUAGUUACAGGACGGAGCACCCAGAAGCCAGAGGCCACCUGAGCGAAGCUCUCACCGAGGACACGGGUGUGGGCACCAGCGUGGCCGGCAGCCCUCUGCCCCUGACCACAGGGAACGACAGCCUCGAUAUAACCAUAGUUAAGCACUUGCAGUAUUGCACACAGCUCAUUCAGCAAAUUGUGUUCUCCAGUAAAACACCGUUCGUGGCAAGAGACCUCCUGGAUAAGCUGUCCAGGCAGAUCCUCGUGAUGGAGAAUAUCGCAGAGAUCAGCACUGAGAACUUGGGAAACAUCACCUCCCUUACUGAUGCAAUUCCAGAGUUCCACAAGAAGCUGUCGCUGCUGGCUUUCUGGAUGAAGUGUACUGGCUCUUCGGGAGUGUAUCACACAUCUGCAGACAAGAUGAUGAAGCAGCUGGAUAUCAAUUUUGCCACCACAGUGAAUGAGGAGUGUCCAGGACUUGCAGAAACAGUCUUCAGGAUCCUGGUGUCUCAGAUCCUGGACCGGACGGAGCCUGUCCUCUACUCCAGCAUGUCCUCCGAGAUCAUUACCGUCUUUCAGUAUUACAACUAUUUUGCCAGCCACAGUGUUAAUGACCUCGGAAGCUAUUUGCUGCAGCUUGCAAAAGAAGCGUCUGUGGUUCAGGUGCUGCAGUCAGUGAAAGAUGGAAAACUGCAGCAAAAUGUGGCCAAAAUAAACUCCAAUAACCUUCCACCACAGCAAGAAGUUUUGAGAGCUUUGGCUUUACUUCUCAAUGAAAAUAAAAAUGAAGUCAGUGAGACUGUGGCAUCACUUCUGACAGCUACUGCAGAAAACAGGCACUUCAGGGAGAAGGCCUUGAUUUAUUACUGUGAAGCACUAACCCAGCCCAACCUCCAGCUGCAGAAGGCAGCUUGCUUGGCUCUAAGAUACCUCAAGGCUCCUGAGAGCAUUAAAAUGCUGGUCACGCUCUGCCAGUCUGACAACGAAGAGAUCAGAAAAGUGGCGUCCGAAACCCUGCUCUCACUUGGUGAAGAUGGGAGACUGGCAUACGAACAGCUGGACAAAUUUCCCCGGGAAUUUGUUAAGGUUGGAAGCCGCCGUGGAACUGAAGCUGCCACAGCUUUUUAGGUGGAAAAGAACCUGCCGACAUUUAACAGUCAUUAAAGUAGGAUGGAGCUGCACAUCAGUGUGGGGAGCAGAAGGAAGGCUUUGAAGAAUUCCAUAAGAAUGUCCCAAAAUGUAGCAAUUUACAGACUUUUUACAGAAAAGCAAAAUCUAAAAUCCAGCUUAAGAGUUCCUAUCGGCUCCUCUUUGCAGCUCAUGAUGGAACAGUUGGAUGCUAAGGAAGAAUACUUUCUUGACUGAUUUGCAACAAAUAACGUAAUUGCAGUUAUUCAGCCUCAACAAACUGCUGUGAGUUUUCAGAAUUUGGCAUCUUCAUAUAUUUUACUAUUACAUUUACUUCCUUGAAGUUG